GCCAUUUUGGCUCAGGCCUGGCUCGGCGCGCGGCGGCGGGCGCCUGGGCAUGAUGGCGCGGGCGGGGACGCUGGACAGUGUUCCUGGUGCUGCACGCGCUUGCCUCGGCGAGCCGCGGCGGACGCGCGCGGAGCGUUCUGCGGCUCGGAGGCGGGCGCUCGAGGCAGCGGACAGCGGAGUGAAGGCGGCACUCGCGGAGGCAGCGGCCCUGCGCAGCGAGCUGGAAGCCGUUCGGCGGUGCUUCGCGUCCUACGUGGGCGACGCCGAGCUGGCCGACCGCCUGGAGGCGAUCGCGCCCGCGCUGACGGCCUUGCUGCGGGGAGUGGCCCCCGAGCAGGAGGAUGCAGUGCGGAGGAAUGUGGCUCUCCACGCCGACGCCCCUGGGGUCAGGGUUGCGUCGGCGUGUGGCCUCACCCUGCGGCGGCUCCAGCGGUCCGCCAGGCUGGAGGCGAGGCGAGAGCGCAAGUUCGAGUGCCACGUGGAGAUUUGCGAGGCGGAGGCGCUGCCGCAGCUCGGCCGAGUUGUGGCCCUGCGCACGGCGUUGCGGUCGGCUGCGAGGCCCUUCGCCCCAGCUGGGGUUGACCCCGUUGCCGGCGGCGGCGGUGCCCAGGUGAUGCAGGCCCAGGUCGACGUCGAUGAGUGCGACGAGGCGCGGCAGCAACUUAACAUGGAGUUCGAGCUGGCUGGGCGCGCCCGCGUUGGGCGUGGCGCCCGCAUCGGCGAUUGCUACGUGCCUUCCCCUCUCUUCCCUGGGGUGUCGGAGGUUGACUGCGAGGUGGACUUCGUGCAGGCCGCGGGCGCUACGGCGGCGCCGCCGCGCGCUGCUGGCGAGUGCUCCGACUCCGACGGCGUGAUCCUCGACGGCGAGGCCGACGUGGCCACCGCUUGCUCGGUUGGGGAGCAGCCAGCUGCCGAUGCUGCUGGACAUGUUGCUGCCGCCGCCGCCGCGUACGUCGACGCCUUCCCGCAGGCCCUCUUCCGUGGGGGCGGCGGCGCCAGGGCUCGUGGCGAGGUCGCGGCUCGUGAUUGGUGGCGUGCGAGGGCGGCCGUCGCCCGCGCUGGGCUCACAGCGGAUGCCGCGACGGUGCAGGCGCCCUCGGAUGAAGGACCGAGCGUUGGAGGUGCUGCAGGCGGGGCGCCGCUGCCUCCAGGCUUGGAUUCGAGGAGUGACUGGAGCAGCGUGGUUAGUCCUCUUGGUGAGACGUGAUUUCCCUGCGUGUUCGGAAUGCCUCCUGAGUGAUGGUUCGCCUUGCACGUCUGUUCUCCAUUAGAGGUGGGGGGCUGUGGUUGUUCAGUGGGUUUUGUCUCCUGCAUUUGAAUGUGCACGUGGUGUAUUUGCAAUGCAGUCGAUUUCGGUUGUGAUCAUGCGUGGCCUCUGCUCUCGCAGUGCUUGCAUGGUUGGCGUGGGCUGGUUGGGGGCCCUGAUUGAGGCAAGCAGUUGCUUUCCGUUUCUGCUGCUUACCUUGCGUGCGGACGCUAAUUCCGUUUGCUCCGUGCAUUCGCAUUUCUUGUAGUUGAAUGUGUACGUGAGCUCUUCUGUGCAGCUUCGCUGCUUCUGAUGCCUCUCGGCACUGCCCGCCCUCGUGGCCCUGGGGCCUAGGCGCCCCCGUUGGCCCUGGCGGGCGUCUGGCGCUCCGCGCCCCCCUGCGGAGGCCCCUUUCGGGCCCCCAGGGUUGGCCCUUGAGGCCCUGGGGCCAAUGGGCUCCGUGGGCCUCGGGCUUCUUUUAGCCUUCAUAGGCCCCGCACGACACGACACACAGGAGCACGGCAGACCACACCUCGAUUUUUUCAGGAUGUCUCGAGCGAAAUGGCCAUUUUGGGGAA